ACAAAUAUGCAGUUUUUCCAUUGAUACAUAGCAAAAUGUAAUAUGUAUUGAGACAGAAUCGCUGGCACGUUGAAGAUGUACGCAGUCGUUGAAUUUGAAGAUGGACUCUCAGUAGUUCCAUACAAAUGGUUGACUCAAGAUCUGAAGGAAGGUUUUUGGCCUAUUUACACUAGUACUGCUAGAUACGACAAAGCAGUUAAACGUAUGGAGGAGCCGGAAUCUACAUGGUCAAAAUGUUCUAUUCGAAAAAUAUAUGGGACAUAUAUGACUUAUGACGUGGCAAGACAAAAGUGUAAACGAGCCGAAGAAGAGUCUGAUCUUACAUCAAAUACCGAGAAAGAUGAAUCUCGCAAGAGAACAAGAAAAAAUAGAGCUAAAAAAGAUAUGAACUUCUCAGCGAGCAGCAAUGAACUGUCAGAUGACACUAGUAUAUUAGACAGUAUGCCAAAAGUACCAAAAUUUUUAAACAAAGUUACACAUUUGAAAAAUACCGGAAAUGCACAAAAAAGUUUUGAUGACAGAUCAUAUAAGAGACAGAGUACAAAGACAAUGAAAAAUACUGCAUCAAACAAUCAGUCCAAUGUAGGAAAGAACGAUUUUCAUCCAUCACCAGUUGUUAGUUCUGGUUACAUUAGACCCGGUGGGUCUAGGAAUUAUCAAAUAGAAGAAGAAGAACAAGACGACCUAGUAAGUAUUGAAAGUACUGAGCGAGAUGAAGAUAAUGAUGUUGUAUUAAGUCCGAGCUUGACCUCUAAUGAAGAUGCACGAGAUAAAAAUGUUUCGAAAGAUGAAGAAUCAUGUAAUGAUGACGAUAAUGAUAAUGUUAAUGCUUCAGUCAUGUCAUUAGCAGGAAUAAAGAAGACUAAAGUACUAGGACCAAAUUACAAUGAUGGUGAACGAAAAUCAAACGAUUCUACACGAUAUGUAAUUCGAAAACUAACGAAUAUGGAAAUGAAAAUGAAUGUCAUGCACACGGACAUAAAAAAUAUGAAAAAGCAGGUUGCAAAACUUUCAACUGGUACUUUCGAAACGAAAGAAAGACAAAAAAUUGAUAUUUUGCAAGAUCUGCCAUUGAAGGAUGAAAACGAUCUUGAAGCGAUGGAAACAAAAUUAAAAAAUAAUUCAUCUUAUCGAAGUGAAAUGGUAAGUUUGGAUUUAAAAUGUUAUAGACUUCCAUCUCUUAAUACAUAUUAUAGGCCAGUCAUAUUAGACAUUGAACCUUCCAAUUAAUCUUCCCAGGUUGCAACC